UCCACCAUGUCAGACGCGGCAGUGGACACCAGCUCCGAGAUCACCACCAAGGACUCGAAGGAGAAGAAGGAAGCUGUGGAGGAGGCAGAGAAUGGAAGAAAUGCACCUGCCAGUGGGAACGCUCAAAAUGAGGAAAAUGGGGAGCAGGAGGCUGACAAUGAGGUAGAUGAAGAAGAGGAAGAAGGUGGGGAGGAAGAGGAGGAGGAAGAAGGUGAUGGUGAAGAAGAGGAUGGAGAUGAAGACGAGGAGGCUGAGGCUCCUACGGGCAAGCAGGUAACUGAUGAUGAUGGUGAUGAUGAUGGUGGUGGUGAUGAUGAUGGUGAUGAUGAUGAUGACACCAAGAAGCAGAAGACUGAUGAGAAUGACCAGACAGCAAAAGGAAAGGCUAACCUUACGCACCGUGACCUAUUCACCCUCCACUUCCCGUCUCAGAAUUUAAACGUGGUCACCUUCGAGUAG